CACCGAAGGCUCUAAGAACCUGGAACGGUCCACCCGAGACUCCUUCCGGGACUGCCGGCGGCCUCGAGCAGCCAGCCCAGCACUAGCGGCCGAUCUCCUUUCAGGUGGGAGGACGGCCUGUUGUCCCAGUAACGCAGGAGUCGUCCCCCCCCCCCCCCCGCCCCAAACCAGCUCGCGUUCCUGGGUCGGGGCAGCGCGGGACAGCGCCGGCAACCUGUGCGCGCGGUCAGCCUCGCCACCCUUGCUCCGAAGCACUCCAACCAUGAAGCACAACUUUUCUCUGCGGCUGAGGGUUUUCAACCUCAACUGCUGGGACAUCCCCUACCUAAGCAAGCAUAGGGCCGACCGCAUGAAGCGCUUGGGAGACUUUCUGAACUUGGAGAGCUUUGACCUGGCUCUGCUGGAGGAGGUGUGGAGUGAGCAGGACUUCCAGUACUUAAAGCAAAAGCUAUCGCUCACCUACCCGGAUGCACACUACUUCAGAAGCGGAAUCAUUGGCAGUGGCCUCUGUGUGUUCUCCAGACACCCAAUCCAGGAAAUUGUCCAGCACGUCUAUACUCUCAAUGGUUACCCCUACAAGUUCUAUCAUGGAGACUGGUUCUGUGGGAAGGCUGUGGGGCUGCUGGUGCUCCAUCUAAGCGGACUGGUGCUCAACGCCUACGUGACCCAUCUGCACGCUGAGUACAGCCGGCAGAAGGAUAUCUACUUCGCACACCGUGUGGCCCAAGCUUGGGAACUGGCCCAGUUCAUCCACCACACAUCCAAGAAAGCAAAUGUGGUCCUGUUGUGCGGGGAUCUCAACAUGCACCCCAAAGACCUGGGCUGCUGCCUACUGAAAGAGUGGACGGGGCUCCGUGAUGCCUUUGUUGAGACCGAGGACUUUAAGGGCUCAGAGGACGGCUGUACCAUGGUACCCAAGAACUGCUACGUCAGCCAGCAGGACCUGGGGCCGUUUCCCUUUGGCGUCCGUAUCGACUACGUGCUUUACAAGGCAGUCUCUGGCUUCCACAUCUGCUGUAAGACUCUGAAAACCACUACGGGCUGUGACCCCCACAAUGGCACCCCCUUCUCUGACCACGAGGCCCUCAUGGCUACUUUGUGUGUGAAGCACAGCCCCCCUCAGGAAGACCCUUGCUCUGCCCAUGGAUCAGCGGAAAGGUCAGCAUUGAUCAGCGCGCUAAGGGAGGCGAGGACAGAGCUGGGGCGAGGCAUAGCUCAAGCUCGCUGGUGGGCUGCACUCUUUGGCUAUGUGAUGAUUUUGGGGCUGUCCCUCCUGGUGUUGCUGUGUGUCCUGGCUGCAGGAGAAGAGGCCAGGGAAGUGGCCAUAAUGCUCUGGACACCCAGUGUGGGUCUGGUGCUGGGGGCAGGCGCAGUCUACCUGUUCCACAAGCAGGAGGCCAAAAGCUUAUGUCGGGCCCAGGCUGAGAUACAACAUGUUCUGACAAGGACAACGGAGACCCAGGACCUAGGCUCAGAGCCUCACCCAACCCACUGCCGGCAGCAGGAGGCGGACAGAGCUGAAGAAAAAUAAAACUUGCUUGACACACUCUAA